UUGUGAGCUAAGAUAUGGAGGUUGCGAGGAAAAGUCGUAACACAUCCAACGGCGACAUUCCGGCCCUCGCCUCCGACCCCAAUUUCGCCGAAAAUUGGGCCAAUUCCAACGUCCUGGCCUUCUACCCGGCCAGCAAGAUCAUCGUCGUCACCGUCGGAAACGAGGUCGUCACGCUGCCCGAUCAGAAUCUAGCAUCGCAGCUGGUCCCGGCGAUGCAAAAUGUCCAAAAUGCCCUCAAUGCAGCAUCAUUGGGUGGGAAGAUCAAGGUGUCGACGGUCCAUUCAAUGGCGGUGCUCAGCCAGUCGGAGCCCCCAUCUGCAGGGGCUUUUGGAUACGGUGACACAAUGAAAGGGUUGCUACAAUUCCUCAGCACAAAUGGCGCGCCUUUGAUGAUCAAUCCCUACCCCUUCUUUGCAUACCGGGAUGACCCCCGCCCUGAGACCAAGGCCUUCUGUUUGUUCCAACCCAAUGCUGGCCGUCUCGACUCCAACACGGGCAUCAAGUACAUGAACAUGUGGGAUGCUCAGGUUCAAGCGAUCCACUCGGCCCUCAAGGCGGCAGGGUACAAAGACGUCGAGAUUGUAGUAGCUGAGACAGGUUGGCCUUAUAAAGGAGAUUCCAAUGAAGUUGGUACAAAUAUGGAAAAUGCAAAAGCCUAUAACGGGAACUUAAUAAACCGCCUCAGGUCGAAGGUCGGGACACCCCUCAUGCCGGGGAAAUCUGUUGAUACCUACAUAUUUGCGCUCUACGACGAGGAUAUGAAACUUGGCCCUGCCUCGGAGCGCUCGUUCGGACUAUUCAAGCCCGACCUUUCAGCGACCUAUGAUGUUAACCUUGCAAAAACCACACAGACUCCGACCAGAUCCACGAACCCAGCAGCUCCCACAAUUAAUCCAGUACCAAGCCCAGUCGUAGUUGGUUGGUGCUUGCCUAGACCUGGCGUUUCCGACGCUCAACUGCAAGCAAAUCUCGAUUAUGCUUGCGGACAGGGCAUCGGCUGCGGGCCUGGUGGUGCAUGUUUUGAACCUGCAACUGUUGCAUCUCACGCUGCCUAUGCUAUGAAUCUUUUUUAUCAAUCUUCGAGCAGGAAUUCCGGCGACUGCGACUUCUUGCAGACGGCGGCAGUCACGUCUACUAAUCCUAGCUAUGGUUCUUGUGCCUACCCUGUUUGGAGCACAUGAACGCUAGGCAUGCACAAGGGUCGGAAACCGCCGGUUCCGGGCCCGAACCGGCGGGUCAAGGGUCGAGAUAUCCAUGAACCUGAACCGGCCCGCCUAGCUCCCGGCGGUUCCGGUUCCGGUUCAAAAAACCAGCGGUUUACGUGGCGGUUCAAAACUGCCGGUUUUCGGCUUGAACCGCCGGUUCCGGGCUGGUUCGACGGUUCGACGAAUUUUUUUUUUUUUUUGCAUUUUUCAACUUUUCAAUUUUAAUCAAAUUACAUUACACUUUUCAAGUUUG